AUGGGAAUAUACGUUGUCAAAAAAGGCGACACCGGCGAGUCAAUCGCUAAAUCUCAAACUCCUCCGCUCUCUCUACCGCAAAUCUUUGCAGCAAAUCCUGGAGUCAACUGGGACAAUCUUCCUGUUGGUUAUCACAUCCAUGUCCCUGGCUACAAGACAACACAAUACGUGAUCGUCCCCGGCGAUAGUGGCCUGGCUAUUGCAGGUCGAUUAGGUAUCGGAUUUGCGCAGCUGGAGAAUCUUAACCCCGGCACCAAAUGGACAACCUUGGAGGUUGGGAAAACAAUCACCAUCCCGUCAUUUGAAUCUGAUCGUGCUCCUCUUCUCAAGGAUUGCGUUGGAGCACCUAUUUCGGGAGUACCUGCCCAAAUGCCGGCACCCGUGGAGUCUGUAGGAAAAGCCAUGAGCGAAGCAAUUCAGAAGAAAGUGACGACUUUGAUCGGCGGAUCCGAGGACAAUGUUGCUAAUGCCAUCAAAAAGGUGGUUGGCUUGGACUGGGUGGGCUGCUUCUUCCAUAUUUAUCGAAACGCCAAAGGCCUGACUCCAGGUGGUGCUCCAUCCACCGUGAUCGCUAUUGUGGAUCUUAGAGAUCCUAAAAACCAGCGUGACACUGAUGUGGUGCCAUGGAAGAUUCCCGCAUCGUUAUCCUUGCCAUGCGCUGAAGGCAAAAGUAAUGCCACAGUGUUCAAUGAUGCAUCCAAGGGCAAGGACCUCGCGGUACUAUUCUCAAGUUGGAAACAACUCAGACAAGUUAUCUUCGUCGACACUCACGGCCACGGCCGUGCGCCCGAGAUUGCAACCCGCUACGCACAAUGGAUUGGUACGGCCAACCGCGCUGGAGUAGAUCCAGAACCACAGAUAUUUUUCGUGGCAGGCGGAUUGGCUUCAUAUUGCAAUGCACAAUGCUUCGGAAGAGUACUUUUGAAUACGCCGAAUCCAUAUGUGCUGAAUCUAUCGUUGGACUACCAUACAAUCGUAUCCGAACUGUAG